UCAUACUGGUGGAAGGCUCAGCGGUAAUAAACGAGAAAAAGCCAAAUUUAAAUGCAAUUUUUCCGUAUUAAAUUGCAAUAGAAAUGCACUUCAGGUUGUGCACUGCAUUGCCCACCGACAUCAGAAGUUCGCGAACGGCUUGAAGUCGCGCCGAGAAAGGAAAACACGCUGAAAUGUAGAUGCCCACAAGCAGCCGCCGCAGCAGCAAUAACAAAAGCAAAAGUGAAAUUAGCGCCGCCAAAGAAGUGCAAGUGCUCAAUAGUGAGGCGGCGCCAUGGAGAACCUCAAGAUAAGCGACAAACUGUUUGAGGAUGUGAUCUACUUUGUAAUGGGAAACCUGGACGAAGAGAUCGAACGUUUUCUCAAGAGCGGUGGCGCCCAAUCUAAGAUCUUUCUGUCGGACCAGAUCACGCAUAUGAUAUGCGCCACCAACUACAACGAGGAGGAGCUGUCUCUGAAUCUGGACCUUUACAGUGCAAUUCCCGUGACCGAACAAUGGAUCGUGCACAGCGCAAAACUGGGCCGAAUGGCCUCCACACGGGCCUUCGAUCCAAGUCCCAAUCAGAUGCGUCUCAUGCGCGGCAUUAGGGCGGCCAUCACCAAUGUGGUGGCCGGAGAUCGGAGGCGCCUCUACGCCAUGCUGACCUACCAUGGUGCCGUCGUUACGCAUAGUUUUGGGGCCACUAACACGCAUCUGGUAUGCGGAGCGGCCAAUGGUGGCAUCUACAACAAGGCGCUGGCGCUGCCCAAAAAUGCCAUCAUCAUUGUGACUCCCGACUGGGUGACGGACAGCCUUAAGUACAAAAACUGCAUGCCUGUAGAGACGUAUCAUCCCAGGCUACUGAAGCCCACUGAAAAGCAGCGAACGCAGAAGCAGACGGCCACUCAGCAACAACAAAUCCAGCAGCAACAAUUGCAACAUCAGCAGCAGCUGCAACAACAACAGCUUCAACAGCAACAACAACAGCAGCAACAGCAGAUAAUGCAGCAGCAGACAUCUGCUACAUCCACACUGUCGGACAUCCUGGGCUUUGGCGAGGACAGUGCGGCGGCCAAGAGCAUAGCUAGCAUUAAGUCCCAGCUGCAAGCUUCCGCGGAACAAAUCCAGCAGCAACAAUUGCCCGCCCAGCAACAGGUGGUCUUUGUGCGACCUCAGCCGCAAGCCCAGCAGGCACCGCAACAAGCGCCGCACCAGUUGCAGCAAGGCGGGUCUCAGGUACCGGCUCCACCUCCACACCCGCAGCAUCAACAGCAAUUAAUUAUUCAGCAGCAGAAGAUUAUUCCCGGAAAUCUGCAGCAGCAACAACCGAAUCAGCAACAGAUUAAAACAAUACUACAGCAGCAGAGGCAGAUAAAAAACACACAGCAACAGCAACAAAUUCAAAUGAUUCAGCAGCAGCAACAAUUGAUGCAGCAGGAUGCCCAGGUACAUCCACAGCAGCUUCCACAGCCGCAACCUCAACCGCAUCCCCAGCCACUUCCACAGCAGCACCCACAACAACAGUCGCCUAGGCUGCCAACAACUCCGACAGGUCGCCAGACACCACGAACACCAUCGACAACACCGCAGCCCGUCCAGUCCCCUCAGCAUCACCAACAAAUAGUCCAACAACAACAGGUGGUGCAGCAACAAGUGGGUCAACAACAAACUAUUGUGCAACAGCCGCAAAUAGUUCAGCAAAUAGUGCAGCAACAAGUUCAGCAGCAACAACCACAACAACAAUCUGUGCCCGUUUCUCCGCAAGUCAUACACCAACACCUUAUGCGGCAGCAACAAAUUUUGAACCAGAAUCAAAUGCAAUUGCAGCAAAUCGUUCAAAGCGGACAAGCUUUAACCCCACAACAGCAGCAACAACAGAGACAAAUUCAGCAGCAAUUACAACAGGUUUUGCAGCAGCAACAACAAUUACAGAUGCAAAUGCAGCAGCAGCAACAGCAGCAGCAAAAUCUGCAACAACAGUCGCCGCGGAUGGUGCAAAACCGUUCGCCGGUGAUGCCGCCAAGUACGCCGUCACCAUCCUUGCAACAGCAACAACACCAUGCCACCAGCAACAUGUUGCCACCACAGUCACCGCGACAACUACAAUCGCCGGCUCCACAGAUGACACCACCACCACCGCCCUCGCCGCAAAGCGCCCAGCAGCAACAUAUGCGCCAGCAGCAACAACAACAAAUGCAGCAGAGUCGCCAACAGCACAUGAUGGGCUCUCCGCAGCAGCCACAACCGCCUUCUUUGAUGUCUCCGCAGCAACAGCAACAAAUGCAACCCUUCCAACAGCCCGUACAUCAGCAACAGCGCAUGCAAAUGCAGCAGCAGCAACAAUUGGCCCAGCAACAACAGCAGCAGCAGCAGAGUCCACAGCAUAUUUCUCCCCAGUCACCCCAGAUUUCACAAACCCCACCAAUGCAAGCCAAACUCCAUCAGCACCAGGCUGUUCCAGGACAUACCGCCCAGCCGCAACAAUCAUUCUCUCAACAGAAACCCAUUGAUCCCACGGAUCCUGUUCAGGUGGCUCAGGUAUUGAGUCGUUCAGCAUUGAGUAGCAAUCAAGACUCGUUGAUAAUGAGGCAACAACAACUGAAGCAGCAGCAGUUGCAACAACAGCAGCAACAAAUGGCACCACAACCACAGCAGCAACAAAUACCUCAGCAACCCCAGCAGCAACAACCACAACAGCAACACACCCCGUCACCGCGACAAUCUCCGCUGCAGCAACAACCCACCACGCCUACCCUACAACAGCAGACACAACCACAAAAUCCUCAACAACAACAACAACAGCAGCAGCAACAACAACAGCAGCAGCAACAACAACAGCAGCAGCAACAACAGCAGCAACAACAAGUCUUGGCUCAGCAACAACCUCAACCUGGACAACAAGUCAUAACCCAGCGGCACGUCAUUAACACAUCCACAGCCCAAGGUCAACAAAUCAUUCAGAGCCAUAUGUCUUUGGCCUUGCAAAAACAGCAGCAAAUGUUGCACGUCCAACAACAAACGCAACAGCAGCCGCAACAACAACAACAGCUUACUCAGGUACAGCAACAGCUUCCCCAGGCAUCGCAACAACAACAACAGCUACCACAGCAGCACCCACAACAACAACAAGUUCAAUUUACACAACAACAACAAAUCGCGCUUGGCGGUGGCGGUCAAGUGCGAAUAAUUCAACAAACAAUUCAGAGACCACCAACCAAUGUGCAGCAACAGCAACAGGUUUCACAACAGCAACAGAUUAUUAGUCAAUUUCCACAGCAACAGCAACUGCAACAACAACAGCCUCAGCAGCAAAUCCUUGGAGUUCAGCAGUCACAGCAGCAUCCACAACAAAAAACCUUUAUUAUUAGUCAGCAGCACUUUAAUCAGCUUAGCGCGCAUCAGCAACAACAAAUUCUCGCGCAGAAUCCGCAAAGCCAAAACGUUUAUGUAGUCAAUCAGACGCAACAGCAACUUGUGCAACAACAACAAAUGUUGCAGCAGCAGCAGAUUAUACCGCAGCAGCAACAACAGCAACGUAUGCAAAUGCAACAGCAGCCGCAACAGAUUGUUGUUAACCAGCAGAUACUUAGCGAUCCGCAGCGCUUGCAGUACCUACAACAACAGCAGUUGAUGCAAAAACAACAACAACAACAACAGCAGCAACAGCUUGUGGGACCACCGCAACAACAGCAACAAAUACUUAUUCAACAACAGCAACCCUCCCAACAGCAGCAGAUAUUGCAGCAAAAGCUUCCCAACGAUCCCCAGCAGCAACAGCAGCAAAUAAUGCAGCUCAUCACGCAGCAACAACUGCCGCAACGCACGCCUCCCCCACAACAACAACAGCUCCUACUGCAGCAACAGCAGCAAUCACCGCAACACCAUCAAAUGCAGCAGCAGCACUGGUCACCCCAGAGUCCUGCUGGCGGUCAGAUGGCGCCCAGCACUCCGGGAACACCCACUAGUAGUGUGGGAAUGCAAUCACCGUUGCCCGUCGGACCAACAACUCCGCAGCAGCAGCCACAAACACAGCCACAAUUUGUUCCGCGUGGACUGCGCCCGCAAACCUCAUGGCCCGGGCAGCCACAACAACAGCAACCGCAACCCCCUCAGCAACAACAGCAGAUCGUGCUACCGCCACCCCAACAACAGCAACAACAACAUCAGCAACAGACACAGGUGGCGCAACAACAACAGCUGGUACUGCAGCAGCCACAACAACAGAAAAUAGUGGUAGACGAAAAGACGCACGCGCAUAUUAUGUCCCUGGAUGCCCACAAGCGUGCCGAGUACAUAACCAAGUUGAAUCAGCAGAACAACCCUCGAGUAAUGUUGCGCCAGCAAGUGGCCUACCAGCCACGACCGGGAGCCCCGGGCAACAUAGUCACCACGCGACCGGCCGGUCCCGUUCCGCCCGGCCACAUUAUUGUUCAACACCAAAUGCCACCGGGAUUGACGCAACAGCAACAGGUACUCUGGCUGCAGCAGCAGCAAGGGAAACGUAAGGUUGUUGUGCGCGCCGGAACUCCUGGCCUGAGUCCGAUACAGCAGCAACCGGGAGUGGGACCGCCACAGCAGCAACAGUCGCCGCAACAACAACCCUUCAAUCCAAAUGAUCCUAACCAGCAAAUGCUGAUGCAGCGCCAACAGUUGCGCGUCCAGCAGAUUCCCAUCCAGCAACAGGGGCCUCAGCAAAUGGGCAAGCAAACGGUGCAGCUCAUCACUGGACCCAACGGACAGCUGAUAGAACAACAAACGAUCGUUCAACAGCCGCAGCAACAGUCCACUCCGGGCACGCCCACCACUCCAGGCGCUGGGGGCGUUUUGGCUGGAAAUGCCAACAUAAUGACGCAAACUUUGGUCAUGACUUCAACAACUCCCGACGGACAGCCACAGCAAACACCGCAACAGAUGAAUCUGAAAACCAAGACGGCCCUGGCUAACAUGCUGAGCAACCGCUUGGGAAAUAACGGAGCUCAGACGCCGCAGCAGCAACUGAUUCAAUUACCCGAUGGUCAGCAACAGCAGCAGCCACAACAACAACAACAGAUUGUCCAACAGGUGGUUGUGACCGGAGCCAUUCAGCAGCAGCAACAACAAUUGUUACUGCAGCAACAGCAGCAACAACAAAUGGUCGUCCAACAGCAACUGCCACCGCAGCAACAUGUGGAGCCGCCGUCGGCAGCUGGCGCACUCAGAAUGAUGGGCCAGCAACAUAACGCAUCCGCCGGUGUGCCAGGACCACCGCGAACGCAGCAGGAGUUGUUGAUGUUGCAGCAACAACAGCAGCAACAAAUGCUGCAACAACAGCAAAUGCGUAGAGUGGUUGCCGUACCACAACAACAGCAGCCACUGCAGCAGCAUCUGGUCCAACAGCAGAUCGUGGUCGCUCCGCCACAGUCGCCGCAGCAGCAGCAGCAACAGAUGGCUGUGGGUGUGGGCGUGGGAAUGCCAGUGCAGCGGACACCUCACAGCUACACUCCAACCCGUACCGGGCAGCCACCGAUGCCACAAUUCUAUGGUCACAAUCCGAACCUCAAAUUGCCCGCGGAUCUGUUUCUGGUGGGCUGUACGUUCUAUAUCGUGGAAUACGACGAAACAGACGGCGAUGAGCUCCCCAUCUGGCUUGAUACGAUCAGGCAGUUUGGCGGUGACAUCGAACGCGUCUACUGUCCCCGGGUGACGCACGUCAUCUGCCGUACCCAGCGGCACGGCGUGGUCAUGCAGGCUUUACGGGAUGCCAAGCGAUGCGUCACCGCCUACUGGCUAAGUGAUAUUUGCCUCAAGCGGCAGCUGAUGCCGCCCUGGCAGCCACUUCAUCUGCCAUUCCCCAGCCAGUUUGGCUAUCGGAAGCCAUUGGAACGCUACAUCGUUACCUCUGAGGGAUUCGAGGGCGAGGAGGUCGUGAGGCUACAGCAGAUGGCCGAGGAAUGCGGAGCCAUCUACACCUCGUAUUUGUCCAAGGUGAACACUGUGGUCGUGUGCAAGCAGCUCGAGGGCAACAAGUUCAACGCGGCCAAGGAGUGGAACAUCCCGAUGGUCAAUGCCCUUUGGCUGAGCGACGUCUGCAUCGGCAACCUGAGUGGCCUCUCCCAGUACGACAAUCCCAAGUACCAGCAGUACAAUCUAGUCCCCCCCUUCCGCAUCGAAUGCAACUUGGUGGCGCAUCUGCUAACUGCAUGGAAAGCGCCCAUUAAUCUCACCCAGGAGGCACACGAGCGAGUCAAGCGUCAUCUCUCCGAUCCGUACGGCAACGAGCUCAAACUGAAGCGCCAGAAGAUGAACUCAUUCCAGCAGGAGCAGCUUCCAGAACAAAUUGUCUGCCUUGAAUAUCCCACAACCACUAAGCCGCCGAAGGUUAUUUUCUCCCAGGUUGCCGAUGCGGAGGCACUUAAAAAGGCAGUGUUAAUUUUGGGUGGAAUUGUGGUGGACAGCCCCGCAGAUGCCACUCACCUGGUAAUGACACGCGAGAGUCGUACCUGCAAACUGAUUCAGGCCUGCUGCCAUGUGGACUUUGUGCUCAAGUCAAGUUGGAUUGCGGAUAGUGCAAAGGCUGGUAAAUUUGUGCCGACCGACCCGUAUCGCAUCCAGCACAUACCGGUGGACGAGAACUUACAAUUCAAUUUGAACACUGUUCUGUGCGCACCCACUCGUUCCACGCUGUUUUCGGGGAAAUACUUUCACGUUACGCCGGACGUGUUCCCAGCCCGCGAGGAAAUUAUCCGAAUGAUUGAAUCGUCUGGUGGUAAAGUGGAAGCAAAACGCAGAACCGGUAGCGCUGUGGCGGAAACACACAUUCAGGCGCCCGACUCCUACAUCAUAGUGACCUGUCCCACGGACAUGCAUCUUUGCGCAGAUCUCACGCGGCACGGGAACCCAAAAUGCCACAUUGUGUCCACGGAGUUCGUCAUGAGCUCGAUACUUAGGCAGCAGCUGGAGAUUGAGCCCAACCUGAUACCCUACUUGUAUAACAACAACAAUGUCAAUAGCUGCAACAGUAACAAGUCCUAGCGCCGUGUGUUCUGGUUACUGUAGAGCUGAGAUAAGAUAUUUAGAUCAUUAUAUAUUCACAAAAGAAUUUAUGCGAGCUGUUAUAUAAGUAUGUAAGAGGAGCAUGACAGAGAGCCACUUUAAAAAGUGUAAUUGGCCGACUUAGGCAAUUAUUUCUAGCCUGCCCCGUUUUCUUAUGAUACACAUCAACACGAAACUAGUCCACAGAAUUCGUCAAUUCAUAUGGGCAUGCAUGUAGGGUCUUGGGCACAUCGUCAUAUCGGUCUGAGUAAUAGGUAAUGCAUCCCUCUAUUUUAAAAUAAUCAAUUUUUAUCGGUUUCUUAGCCUUUGCACUAACUCACUUUCAAUUGUACAUAUUUCUAAUAAUAGAGAAUAAUCUUACUUUUUUCAAUCUGCUAAUAACACAAAAAUAGAUUCUAUAUUUAAAUAGAGGCGAUCCAUAUAUCAAACAGCAUGAUGAUUAUUGUUGUGGACCAUAUUAAAUUUUUGUAUACAUAAAGCAAUGUUUGACCGGACCGAUGUCUAUAGAAAUUAUGAUGUAGCAUGUAACAAAAGAACUACCUUAAUUAGUGAUAGGAUACAAAAUAAAUACAAUCAUUUUAUAUAUAUUUUUGUAGGUUCAGGAACCAUUACCCUUAGGCAGUCACAAAAAUAACAAAAAAAUAUACACAUACAUAUAUUUCUUAGAGUAUACGAAAUGUUUCACAGAAAUUUAUAUUGUCGGCUAUUAGAAUUUUAAGAACUUUUCAUAUACAUAGGUAAAGCCAAUAUUUUCCGAAUUAAUAUUAAUUUUAGUUAGGCAUUGUACGAAGUGUAUGAAAUAAAAUA